AUGAAGUACCUCAGCGUGGCCUCCGUGGCCGCCCUUCUUAGCGCAACUGUCUCCGCCAGCCCAUUGGCCCCCAGGGACUCGUGCCCAAAGGGAUACACCCAGAGUGUAUACUACAAAACCAUUUACCUUGAGCCUUCUACGUCGGCCAUCCCCGAGUCGACAGCGACCCCAUCUCCCUCGCCCAUCACGGUGGAGUCCCAAUCCUCUGCGGUGCCGACAGUGAUCCCUUCUUCCACCGCUGUCAUUACAUCGCAGGCUCCCGUGGUUGAGCAAGUCGAGUCUUCGACAUCCUCUGCUGUUGUAUCUACCUCUACCUCUGAGGCUGCUCCAGCCAUCGCUCUCCUCCCCACUGCGUCUGUUGAGAGUGCUGCUACUGUUGAAACCACUCCUGUCAUCCAGCCGAUUGAGCAGACCACCCAGGCUGCUGUCCAAACCACCACUUCCUCUGCUGUUGAGGUUGUUGAGCCAACCACUCAGGCUGCUACCGAAACCACCCCUGCCCCUAUUGUCAAGGCCGUUGAGCCAACCACCCAAGCCGUCACUGAGACCACCGCUGCUCCUGUCGUGAAGGCUGCCGUCCAAAGCACCAGCACUACUUCCUCCACUACCUCCUCUUCCACUUCAUCAACCUCCAGCUCCAGCGAGAACGCUGGCAAAGCCACCUUCUACGGUGGCAAUGUAUCCGGCGGAACCUGCUCGUUCAGCGGCUACAGCCUCCCAAGCAGCCUCUUCGGCACAGCCCUCUCUCUCGCCCGCUGGGAUGACGCAGCCAACUGUGGCCGCUGUGUCUCCGUCACCGGACCCGAGGGCAACACCGUCAAGGCAAUGAUCGUCGACCAAUGCCCCGAAUGCGAGAGCAACCACCUCGAUCUCUUCCAGAAUGCCUUCGCCGAGCUCUCCGACAUCUCUGCCGGUAUCAUCGGCAUCAACUGGUCCUUUGUCUCGUGUGACCUGGACGGUCCUCUCAAGCUCAAGAACAAGGAGGGUACAUCUGCCUACUGGUUCUCCAUGCAGGUUGUUAAUGCCAAUGAUGCCGUGACUGCGUUGGAUGUCAGUACCGAUGGUGGUAGCUCGUGGCAGAGCACUGAGCGUACCUCGUACAACUUCUUCGAGAACUCUUCUGGUUUCGGUACGGAUUCUGUCACCGUGCGUGUUACUGGAGCUAGUGGUAAGACAGUUGUUGUUAAGGACGUGGGUGUCUCCUCUGGUGCUGAGGUUACUGCUUCGUCUAACUUGUAA